CGCCGAACCUUCGCAUGUCACGACCAGGAGGUUGUGCGCGCUCAUAGAAAUUACGAGAACUGCACUAGCAGAGUUAAGCGACAAGACUAUGCUUGUACGCCUUACAAGAAUUUUGAGUUCAGACUCAGUUCCAGUCCAAGAAUCCCUGAUCCCAUUCAUAACCCAUCUAAGCUACGACCCUUCUCUCCUCCUCUCCGUUCUCUCGUCACCGUCACUGGCUCGACGGCCGUCGAACCUCCUCACCUUCUUCAAGUGGGCGAAGGCCACUCUUCCUCCAACCCACGUAGUCCACUCCCAUCGUCCUCUCCAUUGCCUUCUCCCUUCGCUCCUCUCUCGACGAAAAUCCCCCGACGCUAAGUCCAUCCUCUGCUCCUUCAUUUCAUCCGACUCCCUACACUCCCUACAUUACUCCCUUCUGCAUCCUAAUGAGACCCAGAACCCGACACCUUCCAGAGACCUAUUGGAUAUCUCUAUUGGAGCCUAUGUCCACUGCGGUAGGCCUCACCAUGCUGCGCAGUUGUUUUACAAAAUGAAGAGCUUGGGCCUCAAACCCAACUUGCUCACUUGGAAUACCCUCCUCAAUGCUUUGGUAAGACACCCUUCUUCGCAUUCUAUACAUCAAGCCUAUGAAAUUUUCAAGGAUGUUGUUGAACUUGGAGUGAAACCUAAUACGGAUACUUUCAAAAAUUUGAUUUAUGGGUGUUGUUUGGAAUACAAAUUUAAAGAUGCUCUAGAGUGGGUGGGUAAGAUGGGUGAGUUUGGUUGUUUGCGUGAUAAUGUAACGUAUAAUUCGAUAUUAGAUGCUUUGUGUAAGAAAGGCAGGUUGAAUGAGGCAACGGAUUUGUUGAAGGGUAUGAGGGAAAAGGGAUUGUUUCCGAAUAGAAAUACCUAUAAUAUUUUGGUUUGUGGGUAUUAUAAGGUGGGCGGGUUGGAGGAGGCGACAAAGGUUAUUGAGUUGAUGAUACAGAAAAACUUGUUGCCUGACGUUUGGACAUAUAACAUGUUGCUUGGUGGGUUGUGCAAGGAUGGUAUGAUGGAGGAGGCAUUUAAGCUUAGAGAUCAGAUGGAGAAUUUGAAGUUGUUGCCUAAUAUUUUUACAUUUAACACGCUGAUUAAUGCAUGUUUUGAGUGGGGUAAUAGCUCUGAGGCCUUUAAGUUGCUCGAGGAUAUGGAGGAGAAGGGGGUGAAACAUGAUGCUGUUACCCACAAUAUAAUGGUUAAGUGGUUCUGUAAGGAAGGGAAGAUGGAUGCCGCGAGUAAAACUGUUGACAAGAUGAAAGAAAGUGGGUUUUCACCAAAUAGUGUUACUUACAACACUUUGAUAAAUGCCUAUUGCAAGGCAGGAAAUAUGGGAGAAGCAUUUAGAAUGAUGGACGCAAUGAGCAGGAAUGGUUUGAAAAUGGACAGCUUUACUGUCAAUACUGUUCUUCAUACCCUUUGCAUGGAGAAGAAGCUUAAGGAGGCCAAUCAAUUGCUGGAGAAUGCCUGUAAGCGAGGGUACUUAGUUGAUGAAGUAAACUUUAGAACUUUGAUCACAGGAUGCUUCAAAAAUGAAAAGGUAGAUUUAGCUUUGAAACUUUGGGAUGAGAUGAAAGAGAAGGAGAUUGUUCCGAGUAUCAUAACAUUCAAGUGUAUGAUUGGAGGGUUUUGCCGAUCAGGAAAAACUGAUCAAGCGAUGGACAAGUUGAAUGAGCUUGUAGAGAUUGGUUUGAUCCCUGAUCAAACUAUCUACAAUAUGAUUAUCCAUGGAUACUGCCGGGAGGGAGAAGUAGAUAAAGCUUUUCAGUUUCACAACAAGAUGUUUGAAAAAUCAUUCAAACCAGACAUAUUUACCUGCAGUAUUCUUCUACAUGCACUCUGUAGAGUAGGUCUGCUGGAGAAGGCUCUUAAGCUCUUCAACACUUGGAUUUCAAAAGGUAAAGCAGUUGAUGUUUUCAUAUACAACACAAUGAUAUCAGGCUUAUGCAAAGAAAGAAGAUUUGAUGAUGCGUUUGAUCUUUUUGCCAAAAUGAAAGAAAAUAAACUUGUGCCUGAUCAUUAUACAUAUAAUGCCAUUCUUGGGGUGCUAAUAGAGGCUGGUAGGACUAAUGAAGCAGAGGAGUUCAUUUCAAAAAUGGUUGAAGAGAAAGUAGUGCACAAGGGCGAAGAAACAGUCAGUGAGACACAAGAUGAAGCUGAUUCUAGUUCCAGUGCUUACUCAGAAAAGAUCAGUGAACUGUGUAAUCAAGGUAGAUAUAAGGAUGCAGUGGAUAUCAUUGAUCAAUUGACUCGAAAAGGCAUGGUCGUGAACAAAUCGAACUAUCUGGUUUUGAUGAAUGAGUUAAUUAGGAGGUUUGAUGAAUGA